UAGCAGCACCACCAUGCCCUGCGAUCUGUUCGGCUUCUGCAAGUAUGAAACUAAUAAACUGGUCCGGAUCCAGAGUGUCCGGCUCGGGUCUUUGAAGUGGGCUUUGAACACAGCCAUCCUGGUGGUGAUCUGCAUCAUGAUGUUGUGGAACAGGAACUACCAGCAGUUCGACCUGGUGGUGAGUUCUGUCACCGCUAAGGUGAAAGGUGUUGCUCAGACCAACCUGCCCGGCGUCGGCAACGUGGUCUGGGACGUGGUGGACUACAGCGGACCCUCACAGGACAAAAACUCUUUCUUUGUGGUGACAAAUGUCAUUGUGACGCAGAGUCAGAGGCAAGGGAAAUGCCCAGAGGUUCCCAGUAAAGGCAGAUUGUGUCGUAUUGAUAAAGACUGUGAGAAAGGACACUGGGACCAGCAGAGCCAUGGGAUUCAGACGGGAUCAUGUGUGAAGUUUGAUGUGUUGAAGAAAACCUGUGAGGUCUCUGCCUGGUGUCCCGUUGAAGCCAAGACGAAACCUCCGAGACCGGCUCUGCUGGCAGCAGCGGAGAACUUCACGGUUCUCAUCAAGAACAACAUCAGAUUUCCAGCCUUCAACUACAUCAGGAGGAACAUCCUCCCCGAGAUGAACGACGCCUACCUGAGGAGCUGCCAGAGGACCGGCGACCCCUUGUGUCCCAUCUUCAGACUGGGAGACAUCGUACGAGAGGCCGGAGAAAAGUUCUCUGAUAUAGCGAUAGAGGGGGGCGUCAUCGGCAUCCAGAUCAAAUGGGACUGCAACCUGGACCGGCUGUCGAGGCGCUGCCUGCCCAGAUACUCCUUCAGACGCCUGGACGAGAAAGAGAGCAACAAGACCCUCUACCCCGGCCUCAACUUCAGAUACGCAAAGUACAACAUAGUGAACGGAGUGGAGGAGCGAACGCUGUACAAAGCAUUCGGGAUCAGGUUUGAUGUCAUGGUGUUUGGACACGCGGGGAAGUUCAGCUUCAUUCAGCUCAUCAUCUACAUCGGAUCAACGCUGUCGUACUACGCUCUGACGACCGUGCUGAUCGACUGGCUGAUUGGAACCAGCUGUUACUCCGCAGAAGUCGGACAAAACUACUCGGAGAAGAAGGUGGAGGCGGUCCAAGACAAACAGAAGUGCAUCUUGUGUGUGUCCUACGUCGACGAGAACAACAUUCGACUGGUGAAGAGAUCGCAGAAGAAAAGUUUACAAGACGUGAAGCCGAUGUUAGUUCAGCCGCGUGAGGAGAACACAGGACACCUGAGAGCCGUCCUCUCUCUGCUGCAGCCGGACGCCAACGCUGAUCCCAAAGCCGAGCAGCUUCUCGCCCCUAAACCCGACCCGAACAGCAGCCCCCGUCGUCCAGCCUGGUGUAAGUGUGACCGCUGCCCCCCCUCCUCUCUCCCUCAGGAGCAGCUGUGCUGUCGGCGUAGCGACGGCGCCUGCAUCACCACGUCUCCUCUGUUCGAGCGGCUGGUGUUGUGCCGCUCGCUGCUGGAGGCCGUGCUUCUGUACCGAGACCCUCUGAGCCCGCUGGGUGAUCGGGGGGGUCAGACCACCGCGCUGCGUCACUGCGCCUACACGCAAUACAUCAGCUGGAGGAUCGGGGUCCCACCUGAAGACGCUCACCCUGUCAUCCCCAGCUGCUGCGUGCGGAGAGUCAGGGAGGAGUAUCCGAGCCUGGACGGACAGUACAGCGGCCUCACGCCUGCCAGGAUGGCGUCAAUGCAGGCGUGCAACAAUGGAGAGCUGUGA